AAACAAAAGCACAAGAAAGCUCAGCCAGGGCAAAAAUCAUAUUCUUGUAAAAUUUGUGAUAAAACCUUUUCUCAAAACAGAUACUUGACGAGUCACAUGAUAACUCACACAGGAGUAAAACCUUUCACAUGUUCAACCUGUGGAAAAAGUUACAGACAAAAGGAUUAUAUAAUUUAUCACAUGCGAAUUCACACAGGUGAGAAGCCUUUCUCUUGUGGGACCUGUGGGAAGAGUUACAGUGAAAGAGGAACUUUAACUCAGCACAUGCGAAUUCACACAGGUGAGAAGCCUUUUUCCUGUGGGACCUGUGGAAAGAGUUUCUCUCAAAAAAGUCAUUUAAAUGUUCACAUGAGAAUUCACACAGGUGAGAAGCCUUUCUCUUGUGGGACCUGUGGGAAGAGUUACAUUUAUAGACAGACUUUAGCUCAUCACAUAAGAAUUCACACAGGUGAGAAGCCUUUCUCCUGUGGGACCUGUGGAAAGAGUUACAGUGAAAGAGGAACUUUAACUCGGCACAUGCGAAUUCACACAAGUGAGAAGCCUUUCUCCUGUGGGACCUGUGGAAAGAGUUUCUCUCGAAAAAGUCAUUUAAAUGUUCACAUGAGAAUUCACACAAGUGAGAAGCCUUUCUCCUGUGGGACCUGUGGAAAGAGUUACAGUGAAAGAGGAACUUUAACUCGGCACAUGCGAAUUCACACAAGUGAGAAGCCUUUCUCCUGUGGGACCUGUGGAAAGAGUUUCUCUCGAAAAAGUCAUUUAAAUGUUCACAUGAGAAUUCACACAAGUGAGAAGCCUUUCUCCUGUGGGACCUGUGGAAAGAGUUUUUCUCGAAAAGACACUCUAGAUCGUCACUUGAACGUUCAUUCAGACAAGAAGCCUUUCUCUUGUGGGACUUGUGGAAAGAGUUGCAACAGUAGGAAUGGUUUAACUCAUCAUAUGAAGAGUCACUCAGACAAUAAACUUUAGGAACAAAACACCUCAGAUCCAUUUUGGCAUCAGAUCGAAUGGAAAAUCUGGUAGUAUGAUGUAAACAGCAAGUAGAAAAUGUUAGUCAACAGAUUGUUGCAGGUUGCUAGUGAUUCUCUGUGACUGUCUUUCAGUGUCUGACCAAAAUACUGGUCAGAGACUGUAUGUGAGGCCUACUGAGGUCUACUUUUGCCUACCAGCUUGUUUUCCUUAAUCCAAUUUUUUGUUUUACUUUUCAGUCGUAUUUGUGCUUAAGAUCCCCAUCAGUAUCC